AUGUCCGGCUUCUUGGAAGAACAUCCAAAGCUCAAGGUGGCCAAGAACAGGCUGUCCAAAUUGACUUCUAACGGUCGAUGGUUGGGCGGCCACAUCGUGUGGACGGCAGUAGUAUCAGCGAUAGUGCUUGCGGUUCCGGUAUUUUUCGAGUAUGAACGUGAAUGCCAGUUCUUCGACCAGAUGAACCAACUCCAACAGGCACAAAUGAAUGAAUGCGGUGAGUGGAGAUUACUGACGUUCUGGUCCAUGCUAGGCGGCCAGCGCUGGGUCGACGAGCGCAUGAGGGAGGCGGAUCUCAGUAUGGAUGAAAAUGAUGUUGAUGAUAAUUCUGGCGAUAUGCCGAACUAA